UCCCAUUUUUCUUCUUUCUCUGUCACUCCCACACAUCAAAUUCUGAAUCUUUAACAAACCCCAUUUAAAAUCAACCAAAAAAGUUUCAAUCUUUACAGUAUAUUCACUCAAAUAUACACAAAAAGUUUGAUUUUUUUUCAAGAAAAUAUGGGAAAAUUGGUUGUAGGUGUAUCAGUUGUGUGUACUGCUGCUGUAGUAUGUGGGGUGGCAGUUUUGUUAAUGAAGCGCAGGAUGAAGAAUUCUGGCGAGUGGGGAAAAGUUGAAGCUUUAUUGAAGGAUUUUGAGGAGAAGUGUGCAACUCCAGUGGGGAAACUUAAGCAGGUAGCUGAUGCUAUGACUGUAGAGAUGCAUGCUGGACUUGCUUCUGAAGGUGGGAGUAAGCUCAAGAUGCUUAUUAGCUAUGUUGAUAACCUUCCUACUGGGGACGAAGAAGGUCUGUUUUAUGCAUUGGAUCUAGGCGGCACAAACUUUCGUGUGAUGCGUGUGCAGUUGGGUGGGAAAGAAAAGCGUAUAGUUAAACAUGAAGUUAAAGAAGUUUCAAUUCCACAGAAUGUGAUGGCUGGAUCGUCAUCUGAAGUGUUAUUUGAUUUUAUUGCCACGGCACUUGCAGAAUUUGUAGCUACAGAAGGUGAUGAUUUUCAUCUUCCACCUGGUAGACAAAGGGAGUUAGGCUUUACCUUCUCUUUCCCUGUGAAACAAUUGUCAAUUGCAUCAGGAACUCUUAUUAAAUGGACAAAGGGCUUCUCCAUAGAAGGCGUGGUUGGCCAAGAUGUGGUUGGAGAAUUAGCAAAAGCAAUGGAAAGGGCCGGCCUUGAUGUGCGUGUGGCUGCUUUAGUCAAUGAUACUGUUGGAACGUUAGCAGGAGGUCGGUACAAUAAUCCUGAUGUCAUUGCUGCAGUAAUUUUGGGUACUGGAACCAAUGCAGCAUAUGUUGAACGGGCUCAUGCGAUUCCCAAAUGGCAUGGUCUGUUGCCGAAAUCCGGAGAGAUGGUUAUCAACAUGGAAUGGGGUAAUUUCCGCUCAUCACAUCUUCCAGUAACAGAAUAUGACCAAAAUCUUGAUGUUGAGAGUUUAAACCCCGGGGAGCAGAUUUAUGAAAAGAUGAUCUCCGGGAUGUAUCUUGGAGAAAUUUUGCGUAGAGUAUUGUGUAGAAUGGCUAAAGAAGCUUCAUUAUUCGGUGAUUAUGUCCCAUCCAAACUGAAAAUUCCUUUCAUAUUGAGGACUCCGGAUAUGGCUGCUAUGCAUCACGACGAGUCGGCUGAUCUCAAGGUGGUUGGCAAUAAACUGAAGGAUAUCUUAGAGGUACCUAAUUCUACCUUGAAAAUGAGGAAAAUAGUUGUGGAGCUAUGCGACAUUAUCACCUCUCGUGGAGCUCGUCUUUCUGCAGCAGGAAUCGUGGGCAUCCUCAAGAAAUUGGGAAAAGACACUUUGAAGGACGGAGAGAACCAGAGGUCUGUCAUAGCUGUGGACGGUGCAUUGUUUGAGCGUUACACCAAGUUCAGAAAUUGCUUGGAGGAAACUAUGAAAGAGUUACUGGGAGAUGCUGCGGACAGCAUAGUCAUUGAGCUUUCUAAUGAUGGUUCAGGCGUUGGAGCUGCACUUUUGGCUGCCUCGCAUUCCCAAUACACAGAUCUCGAGGAAUCAUGAUCAUGGUCAGAGUGACACAACCAAAAGUGCCUAGCUAGUCAAAGUUUGUACGUUUACAAUCACCCCUCUUCUUACUUUCUUCUCCGAGAUGAUUGAAAUAUUUCUUGCUUCCUUGUGCACCGCGUCCUGCAAGAGUGAGCUUUGAAGUGAGCCAUAGUUCAAUGUACCAAAUAAGCACAUCUCUCUUCAGCGAAACAUCAAUAUGCUGACCUUUUCACUCCUGGUGCCUCUAAGGAUCAUCUUUAUCCCCAGUGUAAACUUAAAUUUUUUCCUCACUAGCCAGAAAUAAAGCUAGGAUACAAAUAAAGUUCUUCUAGUAGGUGACCUUUACAAGAUUUAUUGUUGCCAAAAAGUUACUAUCGGAAACAACCUCUCUAUCUCUACGAGAUAGGGUAGGAUUUGCAUACACUCUACCCUCCCCAGAGCCACUUGUGGGAUUAAAUCAGAUAUGUUGUUGUAUUGUUGCCAAAAGCUUGGGACUCGUGGGAUUACAUCGGAUAUGUUGUUGUAUGGUUGCCAAAAGUUUAAGUACUGAGGUAGUUCAAGCUUGUUUCUAUUUUUCUGGAUUUUUAGGAAAUCUAUCCUCCAUUCAAUAGUUUAUGGUUUUAAUGUACCUUUUUGACAGUUAUUUUAUGAGUAAAGAAAACAUUGGAAAAGCAAAA